UGGAGGAUUGGAUUGUGUGUUGGGUUGCACGUUCUAGUUUUACGCUGGAUCAUGAAUCGAAAUAGAGUGUGCCCGCUAUUUCUAUUAGCGAUCUGUUGCUGCUAUUUGCUGCUUUGGUCGAGGGAAACGCUCGCAGACGCGCCAGCCAGCUCCAUGUCCGGUAUUUACGUUGAUAACGGCAUCGGGCAAACGGUACUGGAGGACACGCUAACGAUCGACGAGCAGCAGGAGAUCGAGAAUGAGAUCUUGAGCCUUUUAGGAUUGCCUGGACCACGGCCGGCCGUGCGCCACCUGCAUUCAUCGGUCGGCAAAUCUGCGCCUCAAUUUUUGCUCAAUGUGUACGAUCAACUACAGCAGGAUGAAGAUGCGGAGGAGAGGACGAACGGUAGGACGGCUGGAACGGGUGGCUAUGCACGAUCGCGCAAGGUGCGCAGCAUCUCUUCCAAGAGCGACAUUCUUAUUACCGAGGCUGAUCGGAAGGCGAUCGACGAAAGCGAUAUCAUCAUGACCUUUCUGAAUAAGAACCACCAUGGUAGCGAGAUGCGUCACGAGAAGGGCCGCCGCCUGUGGUUUGGUGUGGCCAACAUAGAGAACGACGUGAGUGUUCUGAUGGCCGAGCUGCGGUUGUAUCGAAAGCUCAAUAUCAACAAGUAUCGCACGCAUAACUCCUCUCUUACGCUCAUUGUAUACGCAGUUACUGAGUUCGAUGGCGAAAGCGAAAUGACCGAAAUCUCCAAUAUCAAGCUGACGGGUGAUUACGAGGGCUGGCUAGAAAUAAAUGUGACCGGUGCGGUCGAUUUGUGGCUGCGAAACCGCGAAGCUAAUCACGGUCUCUACGUUGGCGCGUAUUUUGGCGACCGUGAAGAACGCGAAAUAAAGUUGGACGAUAUAGGUUUUGUGAAUGUGCGUGGCAGCGACGAAUAUCAACCGUUCCUGGUGGUAUACGCUAACAGCCAGCAGAUGAUCAAACCGAUGAUUGCGCAGCGCCAUUUGUCGCGCACCAAGCGCAGCUCGGUGCAGCGCCGUCGUAAGGGCAAAUCCGACCCGCGGAAUCCGCUGUAUUCGUAUACCUCAACCUACGACCACCAUAAAAGCUGUCGCAUCCAGCAGCUGUACGUUAGCUUUAAAGAUCUGCAGUGGCAUGAAUGGAUAAUUGCUCCGGAAGGGUAUGGGGCAUACUACUGCAGCGGCGAGUGCAACUUCCCACUGAACGCACAUAUGAAUGCGACGAACCAUGCCAUCGUUCAGACGCUCGUACAUUUGAACCAUCCCACGAAGGUUCCUAAACCGUGUUGCGCUCCAACAAAGCUGAUUCCCAUAUCGGUGCUUUACCACAUCGACGAGCAGAACGUGAAUCUUAAAAAAUAUAAAAACAUGGUGGUUAAAAGUUGUGGGUGCCAUUGAACAUUUGAGCGAAGCAGCACAAACACGCGCAGUAGUAUUUCUAUGCAGCUCGCUUAGAAGUACUGAUCGAACCAUUGGCCUUUCGGAGCGCGCGUGUUGUGUGCUCUUUCGAAAUAUGAUAAUGAAUGUAAUGUGUUUUAGUGUACCUACUGGCGUAAAUGUAUGUAUGUAUCCAAACAAAAAAAUGUUUCUCGGUCCGUAAAAUCUAAGGCAGUGGCACGUGUUCAUGAAAGAAAUUGGGAUAUGCCUUUGUGUAUUCUCUCAAAUUGAUAUCCACUUCCUAUUAUACUUCCACGCACGGAUUAUACUUCCACUACAUUUUAUGUAAGAA